CUGAGUAUUUGGACUCUGCCUCUGACCGAGGAGUCACAGAUGCCAGGAAGUAUGGCUCCCCUCAAGAAGUCUCGAAAAACCACAAGGUUACCCUUGGCCUUAAACCCCCUGAAGAGCAAGAACGUGUUGGCAGUGCUGGCUGAGAGGAACCAGACUAUAGUACCAGUCGGGGCAUGGGUGGAACCUGCCUCAGCAAAUAGUUCGGAAAUCCCAGCAUAUACUUCAGCAUGUAUUAUUGAAGAAGAACUAAAGGAACAGCUAAGAAAAAAACAAGAAGCUUUGAAACGUUUUCAGAGACAAGUCAAAAGCCGAGUAAAUCAACAAAUUAGGCUGAGGAAAAAGCAACAGCUUCAGAAGUUUUAUGAAGCAGCAGAAAAAGAAGGCUCUAUAGCCAUGCAAUCUUCAGAUCCAGCAUACUUGACUCCUAAAAGGACAAGUGUUUUUCCACACAAUUUGAAUGCUGCUAUUGGAAGUUCUAGGAUACCCGCCUCCCAAAUGCUUGAGGAUGAAAUAGAAGAUGGAGAGAAUCAGAAUGAAUUAUUCCAACAACAAGCCCAGGCUCUUAGUCAAACUAUGAAACAGGCACGUCACCGGCUGGCAUCCUUUAAAACUGUGACUAAAAAAAAGACAUCAGUGUUUCCAGAUGAUAAAGCACUUUCUAGGAAACCAGCAUCCAUCAGGAUAAAUAUAGAAAAAAGAGGAGAGUUUCCCUUUAACAUCCAGCAAGGUCUUUCAACUGCUGUACAUUACCAGAAUUUUAUCAAAAAUCAGAUAGGGAAAUUCCUGCAGUGUAAACAUUUUAUAAUGUUUGACUCUGCUGACCUACUAAAAGAACCUGCCUGUGAGGAAUCUUCAUCUAUUAUAACAGAUGAGAAAGGGAGAGAAGAUUUGUUUGGGAGCAACCAGCAGGGUAUUCUUUCUGAAGACAAGGACAAGCCUUUCAGCAGAGUUCAGAAAGUAAAAUUCAAAAAUCCAUUAUUUGUUAUGAUAGAAGAGGAAGAACAAAAGCAGUUACCUCUUCAGGACCUUCAGGAUAUUCUGCCAGAAGCCCAGGAUUAUUUUCCAGAAGCUCAAGGUGAUUUGCCGGAAACUGAGGGUGAUUUGACAGGAGUUCAGAGUGUUGAGCUGGAAUUUCAGAGUUUUGAGCCAGAUACCCAGGCUGUUGAGCCAGAAUGUGAGUUUGGUAAGCCAGAAGGGAGCAGCCAUCUGUUGGGACAGCUGAAAGAUGGCCAGAGGAUUUGCUUCUGGAUGGCCAUCAGCAUCUUCCACCCAGGCACCAGAGAGAUGCUUCCAGCAUACCACAGGUUCCGAGGCCAGUCUUCCACCAGAGAUCAGUUAGACCAAAAAGAAGAAGAAAGGCAGGAAAAAGCAAAUUUGAAGCAGCCAACAUCAAUUUUGAUAGGAAGAGAGGCACUUCCUCUGGAUGUCCGUCGGGAUCUUCUAUGCAGGCAUCGUCAGGUCUCCAUCGGGGGCAAGAAAGUACACUUUAAGGAGCCAUAUUCUGAUAUGACAGAGGAGAAAGGGAGAGAUGACUUUUCUCUGGUGGGUUAUCAGUAUGUGCCUCCUAAACCCCAGGACCAGGACCUCAUCAGAGAUCAGCAGCCCUCAUCUUUUAUGAGAGAUGAGAGAGUGUGAGAGGAAUUGCCUCUGGAAUAUCAUCAGUAUGUUAUACCUAUUAAUAAAAUCCAGGACCAAGCCUCCCUUAGAGAACAGGACAAAUAUAUCAAACAACUCUCAUCUUUUGAGAAAUGGGAGCUUGCAACAGGAGUUGCUUCUCAAGCGCCAUCGGUUUAUGAUGAAUAUCAAUCAGGUUUAAGCACUGAAUUCCAAGCUCCGCUAGCAUUUCAGUCUGGAGUAGAUCUAGAAGAAGAUAAGAAAGAGCGUCAAAAGCAAUACCUGAGACAUAGACGACUUUUUAUGGAUAUUGAGAGAGAACAAGUAAAAGAACAACAAAGGCAAAAAGAACAAAAGAAGAAAAUUGAAAAAAUUAAGAAAAAGAGAGAGAAACAACGUUAUGCUGAAGAGCAGAGGAUCUUAAGAAUGAAUGUUCAUGAGGAACCAUAUCCAGAGGAGAGGAUGAGUGAGAUAUUAGCCCAGUUACAACUUGAAGAAAUAAAAGGAGCCAGAGAAAAACAGCAACAGAGAGAAAAGGAAUACCUAAGAUAUGUAGAAGCUUUACGAGCCCAGAUCCAGGAGAAAAUGCAGCUGUAUAAUAUUACUUUACCUCCACUGUGCUGUUGUGGUCCUGAUUUUUGGGAUGCUCAUCCUGAUACCUGUGCCAACAAUUGUAUUUUCUAUAAAAACCACAGAGCAUAUACUCGGGCACUACAUUCAGUCAUCAAUUCCUGUGAUACCACCGAGGAAAACUCAACUCUUCGAAUGGCCAUUCAUAGUUUUGCUUCUGCACACAGACGGACUUUGAAAAAUCUGUAA